AUUGUCCAGUAGGUACUUACAAUUGGGAUCUGACGAAAAAAAAAAUACAUCAAAAAUUCAAAAUAUAGUUCGUAAAAUAAAUUUCGAAAACGAUUUCUGGCGAGAUUUUAGUAUAAAUUUGAAGAAAAGCUACAAAAUUAAUAAACUACUUAAUCACUUGUUAUUAUUGUUUUUUUUUCAGCUUUUACAUGUUAAGCUACAUAAAGGGAAGUUUCCAAGCAAUGCAGAAGAAUACUUCCCUAAUCUAAAACGGCUUAGUUUUGUGUCAUGUGAGGGUGACACAGACGAAGUAAUCAGCAAAUUCAUAACCAACAGUAACCUGGAGUAUUUGAAAAUAUUUUUCAACCAGCAUAUGACUGGCCAAUGUUUGGUUAACAUCAAAUGUACCAAUUUAAAGUCCCUCGUGCUUAGAAGUUGUCGUCGCUUGCAAUUGGCGACGCUGGAGUCUAUUGCAGACCGUCUUGGUGGGUUGAAGAAAUUUGUGCUGGCCAGAACGCGCAGCCGAAUACGCGAUAGAAUUCCCCUACUACUGGCCAAGAUGCCCAAUUUAGAGUAUCUUACCAUUCGAGUAACUACUCCAGCCAAUGAAACCGACGAAAAAAAUGUCAGUAAUGUUUUCUACGGGGCCGUGUCUCGUCUGCUGGACUUGAAACACUUGAAUUCGAACUUUCUUGCCUGGGACGAGCAUGUGGAACGAGUGACGCGGCGCUGCGAAGAUUUGGAAACCUUGAAAUUGUUUUGUGAGGAUGUCACGGGGCGCGGCCUGGAGGCAAUAUGCAGAAACAUUGGUACACGGCUGAAAAACCUUCAGCUGUUACAUAGUAGUGUCACUAAUGAAGAUGUCGUCAACUGCAUUAGAAGCUGUCCCAAUCUAACGUGGCUAAGGGUGGGCGGUGACUUGGAGUCCGUGUUGAGACCUGCGGUAGAGGCGCGAGAAGAUAUGUACCCGGACGCCCCAGAAAAUUCUCUCGUACUCAUCACCGAAGGCUGCUCGACGGACUUAGGCGAUGAAGAAUAUGACGGCGAAUUUGAUGAUCUGUUCAGCAGUAGCAUCGACAUCCGUUCCGACGACGACAGUGCUAUCGAUAGUGAAGGCGCAUUGGAUUAUCUUUAAUAAACGAAAAGCAAAAAUAAUUCUGAAGAAAAUGUUGUAAGAUGUUACUCGUAUAGAUCCUGUCAUCCAUGAUGACGUGCAGAUUUUUCAAAUGUAACCUUUAAUAACAUCAUAAUACAAAUCAAGGCACGCGUCUUCGGGAAUGACUCGAUUUAUAUUUGAGUCGCUCAACUUCGAACUCGGGAAAAUCCAUCUGUGAUGUUAUGCGAUUUUGGUAUUAAGAAAGGUAAUAUAUAGGGUAGAUAUUUGCUGAGAGGAUCGAAUGGAUUUACCGGAGUUUGAAGGUAAGCGACACUGAGGUAUUCAUGAAAUGAGAUGACGGACAGUAUGUUGUGGUUAUUGAUGAAAUAAAACAUUGUAAACGGAUUA